AUUAUAUUUUUUUCCAUUCUACCUAAAUUUUCUUCGAAACGAUUGGCAUCAUUAUCUCUAUCAAUAGAUCGUGACGUAUUAAUCACUUUUCAUUUGUGGACGUUCUGUACCGGUGGAAUUCGUUCUUUAUUUCACACAAUGGCCUCGUCCAAUCGCGCUUUUCUUUUCGGUGUUCUUGCUCUGGCGUCAGCCCACAGAGCGAGUGGCCAAAUCUCCUUUCACCAGCUUUAUAAGCAAGGUGCUUUCGGCAUUCCAGACCAGCCAGUCGCAGCUCCACUGCAGGUUGCCAAAGCACCCGCUAAGGGAGUAGCAGAAGUUCCAAAUCCCAUACUUACUUGUUCUCCGGGAUUCGUUCUGAACGGUGACAUGUGUCAAGGCCCCGAAUAUGCCGAAGCAAUGUCUUCAUGUCGACGAAAAGGCGAGGUAUUCCAGGACGGAGCAUGCAUAUUUCUGGAAGAGUUGAAGCCCUUCGCGAGAUGCCCCGAAGGAUCUCAAGGCGACGGGAAAAGGUGCUACGUUCCGAGAAUCGGACCGCCCGAGCCGUUCUGCCCAGACAACUUUAUCAUCUCACCGGACGGGAAGGCCUGCAUCAAGGACAAUGUGACCAAGCCUCAGCAGGUUUGCCCCGACGGGUUCAUGCUAAAGAAGGGCGCCUGCUUCAAAGAAACGCGCUACCCUGCUGUUCCAAGCUGCCCAGCCGGCUACCAGCUCGUGACGGAAGGGAAACAAUCGUGUGUAGCACUUGACCACGUCCCCUUCGAAGCGCAGUGCAAGGACAGAGGGUUUGUCUUGCAGGGCGGCAACUGCGUGAGAGAGACCACGCGACCUCCUAUUGUUUCGUGCCCUUCGAAAGAAUACAAAGAGGAAAAUGGCAUGUGUAUCCGUCGGGAAAUGAUGCCCGCGAUAAUGGACUGCCAGCAGGGUGUGCCGGGCAAGAAGGGUUGCGUUAUUGUUACUGAGGCGCCAGCCGUUCCGACAUGCAAAAAAGACUUUGUUCUAGAGAACAGCAUCUGCAAGCGAAUUGAAAGCAGGCCAGCUGUUAUGAACUGCCCAGUAGGGCACAAAAUGAAAGACGGCAUGUGUGCGCUUGCAGAGCUCCUGGAGCCUCAGUUCAAAUGCCCCGAAGGGACAGUGAUGAAAGAUAAGCAUUGCAUCCAAGCAGUCUUUGCUCCAGCAGAAGCCUCGUGCGAGAAGGGAGCGGAUCUCAUUAAUGGACAAUGUGUUCUCACUGAAACCCGCCCUCCUCGAAUGGAUUGCCCCAAGGGACAAUGUACAAAUGAGCUGCGGGAGGUCCCGGAUAUGGUGUGUCCGCCGGGAGCUCAGUUGGAGGGGAGACACUGUUUAGUGUUCCACACUCAACCAGCUGAGACAAUUUGCAGAAGGGGAGGCGGUCCGCCUGGACCCGACGGCUGCAGACGCGUCGAUACUUCCGAGCCAGUUCUUGUCUGCCCUCAAGGAUGGAGGCUGUUUAGCGGCUCCUGUGUGAAGGAAGAAGACGGAGAGUAUCAAACGAUUUGCCCUCCUGGAAUGGUCCUCUCAGGAAAGGCGCAGAGUCAACAACAGUGUGAGGGUGAAAGGCGUUUUAAGCCAGAGCUUUUGUGCCCGAAAAGUUUCACCGUUGCCGGAGAUGGUUCGUGUGUUCAGGUGGAAAUCCAAGAGCCCGUCCCCACCUGCCCGCCUGGUCAUUUCAUUUCUAACGGCUUCUGCUUGCCCGCGCCUGCUCAGAAGCAGCAUUUUGCAUAAGCACGUGUGUGAGACAGACAUACACUCAGGAAUGAAUUUCAAUCCAUGUGCGUGCGUCAUGUUACACGAUUACCAUUAAUAGUUGAAUAGUCUGUUGCCAUCGCAGAUAUGUGAAAUUGAGCAAUCUUUGUGGUCUCUCGAGAGUGACGAUGACUACAUUCCAACUUCCUUUAUCCUAAAACAUUGUUAGAGC